AUGGGAGGGUCGUUCAAACGUUGGACUGCCUCGGUGUUUAACGGCGACCGACUGAUUGACAAUCACCCGAUGGUGGUUGUCUCAGUGAAUUACCGGAUUGGCAUUUUAGGUUUUCUUACGCUGGAUUUCGACGAGGCCCCCGGAAACCUGGGACUCUUGGACCAGUUGACGGCCUUAGAAUGGAUAAAGUCCUAUAUUCACCACUUCAGAGGGGACCCCAAUAACAUCACGUUGUACGGCGAAAGCGCCGGCAGCGCGAGCGUUGCCUAUUUGGCAGAUUCGUCUCUUACCAAGGAUAGAGGGCUCUUUCACCGAGUGAUUCAAUCCUCAGGCGACAACUGUGCUGGAUGGACGAUAAAUUUGCGGGCUUUAGAACAAAGCAAGGCGUUCGCAAUUAAUGUUGGUUGCGAUUAUGAGACGAACCUAGACAUAGUUAACUGCCUCCGUGGUCUGACCAUUGAAACUAUACUGGCCGGGUACAAUGACAGCAGUUUUUAUACGGCGCCCAGCAUCCAGAACAACCCGCUGGUCAAUGACGCCUACAGGAUUGUCCCGAAACAUCCUCUGGACAACGACCCAGAACAAACGAGGAGUCGUGUCCCCUUGUUAAUCGGGGGAAACAGGAAUGACGGGACGUUCCUCUUAUCACGAUAUGUUGAAGCAGUUCUCAAGCCAAACAACCACCAUCUUAACGUUACGUAUUUACGCAACAUCUUUUUGCAAACUCUCCUAAAUUCGUCGCACUUUGGAAUUAACGACACUCCAAUUGGGAUGGUGGAGUCCAUCAUUGCCUCCUUCCUUAAGGAACACAGGAUGGGUGUGAAUUUGACCGUCAUGGGACAGGCCGUGUCCGACAUCUAUUCGACCUUCUAUUUCAAGGCCCCAGCCCUUCAUAAGGCUAAAUCACAUGCCCUGUUGGGGCUGAAGACCUACCUUUACUCCUACGAAUAUGAAAGCUCGACCCACGUCUUCUACGAGGACCUCGGAGGAAUUCCCGAAAUUUUGCCUGGAGUUACUCACGCGGAUGAACUGAAUUACAUUUUCAAGUUUAAAGACUUAUCGGAAGAAGAGAAGCUUUUUAGCGAGCGCUUGAUCAAUACGAUCUAUAGGUUCAUGGUGCACGGAGAUCCUGGUGCACCUGACGACAAGGAAGAUUUAAACCAGGGGCCAUGGACCCCAGUGACAAACGAAACCUUCGGAUAUACAAUAAUAAAUUUUACUAUGAGGGCCGGAUCCCAUUACGGCCAAACCUUCCACACGGUCUAAUUUAAUAGAUGGCUUGAACAAUAAAAUUAAUAUAGAUAUUUAUAUGUACUCUUCAUUAACCUGAAACUUGUGAAGAAUAAGUACA